UUAUUAGGCAACAAACAGCCUCAGAAGUGAGCAUUUAUCAACCUUCUUGCAGUUCUAUUGAAGGAAUAGUUCAUACGUACUGUUAUAAGUGCACAAAUAUGGAGACAAAACGCAAAGCUGUUGUGGAGUUACGUUUAUUGAAAAUGCCCCCCGUGCCUCUCGAGGGAGUCCGACGGUCUGCAAGAAGCGCCCUGCCCCCUAAACGCCUCCAGUACUCACCGGAAACAGCUCACGUUAAAACACACAAACAGAAGAGGAGGAGAACAACAACAACAACACACAAUGACCAACCCAGCCAGAAUGACAGACAGGAUGUUGGCGAUAGUGAUAAGGGAUAUGGCGUAUAUUCAUCAUAUGAACUGGAGCGUCUGGAGAACAUCAGACAGAAUCAAGUUUUUCUGUCCUCUAUCAAUUUAUUACAGGCAACAGAGGAGUUGAAGCAGUUGACACGACCAAAGCCAUCGCAGAGGGGUCUCAUGAGGUCAAAGGCUGCUGUAAAUGAAGCGCUGCCAGCUCGCAAAUCCCUUCGUCUCCAAAAUAUAGAAUCAAAGACCUCCACACUUGCUCCUGAACCCAGGGGGGGGCUGAGCAUGCAGGAGUCAUUAAAGAAACCUCUUGGUCCUCUGGCCAUGGAUCCAGUCAACAUGGAAGAGGGAAGCAAGCUGCCAUUACAGCUUCUUGAGCUCUGCUCCGAGGGUACAACAGAAGAAAGAAAAAUGGAGCUUGAUCUGAAAGAGUACCGCUCCGCCCUGAAGAACAUGAGGAUAACUGAGGACAGAGUGGCCAAAGUGGUGAAGGGCCGCAUCUUCUCUGCUGCCUUCCACCAAUGUACCAACAGCCUGUUGAUGGCCGCAGGAGACAAGCUGGGGAAAGUUGGACUCUGGAAGUUGGGUGGUGAUUGGGGGGUUGAUGGCGUGCUGCUCUUCGAGCCCCACACCCGUCCAGUUAGCUGCAUGGCGUUCUCCAGAGCUCAUCCCACCCAGCUGCUGAGCCUCAGCUACGACGGAUCUCUACGCUGCAUGGAUGUAGAGAAGGCCGUCUUUAGUGAUGUGUACGACAUUAAGGAAGGCCUGAAAACGUUUGACUUCAUGUCCCAUGACUGUCUGACACUAGUAGUGGGGAACUGGUUUGGAAAAGUUGCCAUUGUGGAUCGGCGGACCCCAGGAAACACCCACGAGUCCCUCCACUUAUUGGACGCCAAGACCCUGCGUUGUGUUAGCGUCCACCCGCUACAGAAGCACUACUUUGCUGUUGCAGAAAGCAAGGUAGUGAAUAUUUACGACAGCAGAUAUCUGAAGAAGACUAAAAGCCAGGCAGUCUCGGAGCUGCACGGACACUCUUUAAGCAUAUCCAGCGCUUAUUUCUCUCCUCGCACAGGCAACAGAGUCCUCACCUCCUGUAUGGAUCACCACAUAAGGAUAUAUGACACAUCUGCAAUGACUACGAAAGCUCCCUUGCUGACAUCCGUCGGACACAACAUGAACACAGGCCAAUGGCUGACCAAACUAUCAGCGAUGUGGGACCCCAAACAGGAAGAUUGCUUUGUGGUGGGCAGCGUGUCGCACCCUUGGACGGUGCAGGUGUUCCACGAAAGCGGCCGGCUCCAGCACUCCUACAGCGAGAACCUUCACUCAGCGCUGUCGGUCACUGCUUUCCACCCCACAAGGAACGCCCUCCUGGGUGGCAAUGCAUCAGGGCGCCUGCAUGUCUUCACCGACUGAGAUGAAUACAAAAAUAUGUGACCACGGCUUCCUAGUUGCCUUCAUUUAUAGGAAGAACAAGUGAGGAAGUAUUUUUGACACAGUCAUGGUGAACAACUCGCACAGUGUAGAUGAAUAUCUCAACGCUAGUCGUGACCGUCGUCUCUUGUUUGUUGUCCGUUCUGGAUCUCCAUUUGCUUUAAGAAUUCUCAGACUAAAUACAAUACCGUGAAUAUAAUUGUAAAACGUUCAGUCUUGAGUCUACUGUAUGUGGAAGGGGCUGUUUUAACUUUGCACAUGAGGACUCUCCUCCAAACAUUGUAACACUGUUCAAACUGUGUCGAGGUGCAGCGGACUGUGAGCGAGCAGCGGUGUGCUGCCACACAUCCCGGGCUGAACUGAGGUCUGGACUUUCGAAGCCACUCCUAUUUAAGUCUGACUGACUGAGUUUGCUGUUUACGUUUCUGUUCCUAAUUCUGUUCUUAAUUAAUACCAAUUUUUAAAAAUUGGUAUUAAUUUGUUGUUUUUUUU